ACGACCCUAUUGAUAUGCUCCCCAAGUCAAGAAAAGCCCUUAGCAUCCAGGAAAUUGCAGCUCUGGCCAGAUCAUCAUUUAAUGGCAUCUCACAGGUGGUGAAGGAUCACGUCACCAAACCCACAGCCAUGGCUCAGGGUCGGGUGGCUCAUCUGAUCGAGUGGAAGGGCUGGUCUAAGCCCUUAGAUCCUCCAUCUGCUACACUGCAGUCCCACUUUAACUCUUACUCCCAUCUCAGCGAGGGUGAGCAGGAGGCCCGGUUUGCAGCAGGUGUGGCUGAGCAGUUUGCCAUUGCAGAGGCGAAGCUUCGUGCCUGGACCUCUGUAGAUGAGGAGGAGAUGGACGAAGAGUCCUAUGAAGAGGAUCCUCCUCUAAAUGAUGAGCCAAUCACAACAACUCUGAGCUCAGACCCUGUAUUAUCCAAUCAAAGCUGCCCAGUGCCAAGUCAGGCUGAGACAGACACCGCUGAAAUCCCAUGCUCUGACGGCACGCUCAGUCAGUCAGACCCCGACGAGCUGCUCAUCUCAGAACAAGUGCCACCACACGCCCAAGAACUCCAGCUUUCAGAAGGCGAGGGCGACAGGGCCACAUGUGCGGUUCACAAACCAGACCGCAGGCCUUUGUGGAGCAAGGGAGACUCCUGCUACUACUCCACCUCCUACUCCGAGUCUGGUCUUUCACCUGAGGACGAAGAAGAGGAGGAUGGACGAGAGGUGGAGGAAGGGGAGGACAACGUCUUUCAGGAAGUCAUCCGCUGGUACAGACACUGUCGAAGCAUCUCUGAUACCUCUGGAGCUGUGUCUUUUGAUGAUGAUGAGGAGGAGGAGGAUGAACAGGAAGAAGGUUCCAAGCAGUGACGCUGUGCUCUCGCUCGCCCUUUUGUCUCAGUCCCUUUGUAGUAACCCUUCUGUGAAGUGUUUGUCCAGUCUGUUAUGCAUUCAGAGACAAUGACUUGUUUUUCUUCCCCAUACUUUUAAAGGGAUAGUUCAUCUAAAAAAUGAAAAUUAUGUCAUCAUUUUUGCUCCCUCUUGUCUAUCAUAAUCUUUUUUUAUCUUCUUUCUUCUGUGGACC